UCUCUCUCUCCUAGCUAGCCCCCGAUCUGGCCCUCUCUCUCACGCGCUCUAGAACUAGAAGGGCAUCCGCAGAAGUUGACCACGGGUAGGAGAAGGAGGAGGAGGAGUAGAAGCAGCUCCACACCUGUACGUAGCUGCCGCGCGCCGGUGAGCGAGGUCGUUCUUGAGAGCUGUAUAUAUAUAUAUAGCUCCGCGACGACGCCGAUGAUGGCCAUCAAGUCGCUGAGCAUGGUGGAGGCCAGCCUGCCUCCGGGGUUCAGGUUCCACCCGCGCGACGACGAGCUCGUGCUGGACUACCUGGCCAAGAAGCUCGGCGGCGGCGGAGGCCCUGUGGUGGUGAGCAUCUACGGCUGCCCCACCAUGGUCGACGUCGAUCUCAACAAGUGCGAGCCCUGGGACCUUCCCGACAUCGCGUGCAUUGGUGGAAAAGAGUGGUAUUUCUACAGCCUUAGAGAUAGAAAGUAUGCCACUGGCCAGCGUACAAACAGAGCAACUGAUUCGGGAUACUGGAAGGCCACAGGGAAAGACCGUCCAAUAAGCCGGAAAGGGUUACUUGUUGGUAUGCGCAAAACCCUUGUGUUUUAUCAAGGUAGAGCCCCAAAGGGAAAGAAGACCGAGUGGGUUAUGCAUGAGUUUCGCAUGGAAGGGCGAGAUGAUCCCAUGAAAUUACCUUUCAAGGAGGACUGGGUCUUGUGUAGAGUUUUCUACAAGAGUAGGGCAACAGUUGCAAAGCCGCCCACAGAGAGCAGCAGCUUCAAUAUUGAUGCAGCCACAACUUCAUUGCCUCCCCUUAUUGACAACAACUUCAAUAUCUCCUUUGACCAGCCUGGCUCAUCAUCAGUGCAGAACCUAGAGGGUUAUGAGCAAGUGCCCUGCUUCUCCAGUAACCCCUCUCAGCAGCCAUCGUCGUCGAUGAACGCCGCCCGGCUGCCGCCGUCUGCCGCCAUGGCUGAUCCGGAGCAGCAGAUGGGGAAGUCAAUAAUCAAGGAUGUUCUCAUGAGCCAGUUUAGCAGGUUCGAAGGCAGCGUCAAGAGGGAGGCGCCUCCAAGCAAUUUUUCUCAGGAUGGGUUUGAGUACUUAGCUGAGAGUGGCUUCACGCAGAUGUGGAAUUCGUUCAAUUAGUUGAUUAUGUUUUAUAGGAAGAUUAUAUAUAUAUUAUUGUUAUGGAGAGCGAUGCGGAUCGAAAUGCCUCGACGAUAACAGGAUGGAUAUAUAGAUGAGUGCUACAAGAGGCUUGGGUGUGUGUGCCUCCUGUGUGGUAUUGCAUGUAGCCGUAGUAGUAGUAGGUAUAUAUAUACAUAUAGUAGCAGUACCAUCUCAGUACACAUCCUUCAAAAAGAAGGAGAAAUGAAAAGAGAGAUAUAUAUAUGUCUGUAUGCCCUAUGCCAUCAAUUAAUGACGACAGAUGUGUAAAUACAUUAUUUGUGUACUAUGGAGAAAUCAGAAGGAAAAAAAUACAGUGCGUACGUGAUGACAAAAAACAAGAAUAGAAUCUUAUUCA